AUGCUAUGGACAUUCUCUUUUAUCAGAGACCUUUAACCUCUUGAUGAAGAAUUUGAAGAGUCAAUUAAGCAAAUAAACACAAGUCAUUAAUAUACUAAAGAUGUUUGUUGGCCAUAGAUGUAAGAAUUAAAGCAAUAAUAUUUGUAACGUCACGAUGUAAGUUCUUCUCCAUCAAAAAGUUAAACCAAAAAAUCAAACGGAUAUAAAUAAAGAUACUAUUUUUAAUCUGGAGAAUAUGUGAAACAACAAGACUUUGUUUUAUAUUUUAUUACUUUAACUGACUCAAAAAAGAAUGUUCAAUAUUUAUUUAAUACUCGAUACAGCAAGCUCAAAGAUUACCAUUCUUUAUUAGAAAAUAAGUAAUUUAAAAAUUAGCUUCCUCCAUUUCCUAAAAGAAAACUUAUUGGAUAAACUUCUGAUAAUCCAGAUGAAAUUCAAGAAAGAUAAAAUUAAUUAGAAAGAUAUCUAAAUGAUAUUUUUAGCAUAAAAGAAUUCGUAAAUAGCGAACCUUUAGUUUAUUUUAUCAUACGCAUUAAGCUUGAAAGUAAGACUAUUUAAGAAUUCGAUUAAUAACAUUAAAAAUGUAGUCGAUAUUCAUAAUAAGUAAAUUGCUCUUCUUUUGAUAAAGAACCCUUUGAAAUACCAAAAAAUAUUCAAUCCUAUUGA